AGACAAGAAAGCCACAGAGAGAUUUCAACACCACCAAUCCCAACACCCAACCCCAAAAGAAAAGCAAGGGAAAAAAAUGGCAAAUUCCUUUGGUCAAGUGGUUGAUAAUGACAAGUUAGAUGAGAUGCCUAGGUAUGUAGGCAAAGCCAAAAGCCAGGAAGAUAGAGCAAGAGAAGCAAUGAAUCUGACGAAUGAGUAUGACAAGAAUGGAAAGGCAAGAAAAUAUGUAGAGGGAGUUAAGGCAGACUAUGGUAAUGGAGCCUCCACGUUGUGCAUGGUUUACAACGCUACUGGAGAAACUCUAUACUACUCCACCACUAGAGAUUGGUAUGGCUACAUUGGUCGGACACCUUACCCUUUCGAGAUUGGGAACGGCCAAUGGGCGUCCUUCCUUCAUGUCCACCAGACUAGUGCCUCCUCCGGAUCGGAGGCGGCAUUGGUCUUCCGUGGUAAAAACAAAACUGGACAAUCCCGCGACUUUCUCGUCGCUUGGGAUACCCCCUGGUCCUCCUUUUCCAAAAACAAGGCUUACAGUGAUGUUGGUGCCGUUGGGAGUUUCAAUAGCAGGUGGAAUGCUGUAAAGGAUAAAUUGGAGAAUAGCCAGUAUACACAAGAGACCAACAAAGAUGGAGUUAUCAUAGAGGUUUCUACUGCUUCCGGCACAUCUCCGUUAUUCACAGCCAAAAUUAUAACCCCUUACCGUCCAUGAAUUAUACAGGCGCUGCAGCGCGUUUGACUAUUGUAAUAAGAUGGGAAGAGAAAAAUGAGGGAUUUUGGUUCAGUCGGGUUCUUCCGCUUCGGGUUCCCACUUAAUUUGUGUUAUGUACUUCGUAUAUGUCUUUGAAAUAAACCGUACUCCAUACUUGAAUUGCCGCCUCAACGUGUUGCCUAAAUUAUGUAUGUUAUUUUCGUAAUAUUCACUCAGUCCCAAAAUUAUAAGUCUAAUUUGUAUUUUUUAUUUUGGGUUUCUCAAACUUAUAAUCAUAUCUUUUUAUUUGAAUAUUAUUUUUCCCACUUUUUCAUA